GUGCCGCGACAUUGAUUGAUUUGACAACUCAAUUGUCAUUGCAGUAAAACAACAAAGAUGGCGCAUCUACCUCUGCUCGGUGUUAAAACUCAUUCUCAAAAAGUUUGUUCGCUUUACAAAAGAGCUUUACGUAAUUUGGAGGCGUACUAUGAUAGACGCAAUGUGUACCGUUACCAAGCGGUGCUCCUCCGCGACAGGUUCAACAAGAAUGCCAAGGUCACCGACAUGAGGAAAGCCGUUGAGCUGCUGAAGGAGGGCGAGAAUGAAUUGUUCAUGUUGCAGCAUCCUAUUCCCAGAAACUUCGCCACCAGCGUCGGUGGUGUCGCCCACGAGCGUGUAGUAACUCCCCCCGACUGGGUCAUUGACUACUGGCACCCCCUCGAGAAGGCUCACUACCCGGAAUACUUCAAGCGCCGUGAGGAACGCAAGAAAGAAUUCAUUGCCAUGUGGGAGAAGGAACAUGGCCCCGCCGACAAGAAGGAUGAGAAGCACUGAUGCGAUGUUGUAUAGUUGUGUAAUAUAGUGAAUUUCGUUUAUUUA